ACACUUGUUAGCAACCACCGUUUCUGAAUUCACCAGUGGGGUAUUUACUGAGUGGUUUGGGAACUUGGUGACGACGCGCUGGUGGAACGACUUGUGGCUCAACGAGGGUUUCGCCACCUACGUCUCGUAUCUCGGAGCCGACUUCGCUGAACCCACAUGGAAUAUGAGAGAUUUGAUAGUCCUGAACGAGGUCAUUGGGGUGAUGGGAACUGACGCUUUGGCCUCCUCCCACCCGCUCACUUCCAAAGAGGAAGACGUCCAGAGGCCGGAGCAGAUCAGCGAGCUGUUCGACUCCAUCACGUACAGCAAG